CGCUCUGUCGGCCGGUCACGACGUGAGCGACGGCGGCGUGCUGAGCUGCGUGCUGGAAAUGGCCUUCGCUGGGAACUGCGGGAUCCGCGUCGAUUUCAGCACCGCCGCGACGGACAGCGACCCGCUGGCGCUGCUGUUUGCGGAGGAGCCGGGUUUGGUGCUGGAAGUGGAGGAGGGGAGAGCGGCGGCCAUCUUGGAGCGCUACAGGAAGAGCGGCGUCAGCGUCAGCCAUCUUGGCACCAGCGGCCCCAUGGGGCCCAGCGCGGAGGUACGGGGAUAUUAUGGGAUGGCCGCGGGGUCACGUGGGGUAGCCAUGUUGGCAGCCAUCUUGGCAGCCAUCUUGGUAGUCGUGUUGGAGGCCAUGUUGGCAGGCCUGUUGGUGGCCAUGUUGGUGGCCAUGUCGGCAGCCAUAUUGGGUGCCAUGUUGGCAGCCAUAUUGGAAGGCAUAUUGGCAGCCAUAUUGGCAGCCAUAUUGGCAGCCAUGUCGGCAACCAUGUCGGCAGCCAUGUUGGCAGCCAUAUUGGGAGCCAUGUCAUCAGACAUAUUGGCAGCCAUGUCGGCAGCCAUGUCAGCAGCCAUAUUGGAAGCCAUCUUGGCAGCCAUAUUGGAAGCCAUGUCAGCAGUCAUAUUGGCAGCCAUGUUGCCAUAUUGGUAG